AGGAAUAGCCCCAGAAUUGGCCGUGCCCGAGAGAAUCGGAACUGUGAUGUAUCAUGGCUCUGCUCCAGAUGCUGGCAGCUGCCGAGGCGGGCCGAGACGUGGCCUACUUCACCUACGGUGACAGCGACCUGAUGACCAGACUUCCACACCAUGCACUCCUUCCUCACACAGAGACAAGUCAGCGUAGGGAUGUGUUUGGUCUCCUGGGUCAGUACUACAGCUCAGUGUGUCAGAGCUGCCUCACCCGCCAUCCUGACAUCAGCCUCUACUCCUUCAUUUACCAGGAGGUCGGCUCUGGCUCCCCCUAGACCAUAGAAACACACACACACAGGCGCCACCCCCUAUACCCCCUGCGCCACAGAAGCCAGACAGACCGUCCCCACAGAUUGCCACUAAGGUCAGGUGGAUGAUGAGUCACCAUCUCUCCCUCACCAUACUGAAAAGCUACACUAACACAGGUCCAUAGCUGAUCUAUUACCUUCUUGUGAUUCAUACAUUUCUAUUUAUGACCAUAUAGUAAAUGGAGGAAAUGCCAUUUGAUACGUCAUCCGCUGUCCACUGUUGGCUGUUAUUUUCGAAGUUCAUGGAGAAAUACAUUUUAAUAGAAUGGCAGAGGAAGUGUUUCAGUACGCUAUUCCCCACGUGCCACUCCAGUGAAAGUUAGUCUUCUAAUUCUGCUGGUAGUAGCUAAUAAACAAAUGGAUGGAGCUUCGAUACGGUGUGAUUGUGAUUUUUAAUGGUGAAGCAAAGGUUGCCAUCCAUCUUUUGAGUCUGUCAUGUUUCCUUUUUUUUACGCCCACACAUCCAGACUAAUUGAAUUGGUUGUCAGAAAUCCAGUAAAAGGAAAUAAUGAAUAGAGCAGUUCUUAGAGAGAGCUCAGAGCAAUCUCUAAAAGAGAUUUUGAUUUAAAGCUCGCUUUUUCCAGUUGCUCUUAGGGAAAUGAUCAUCAGUCUAUGGCUAGUUAGACUCUUUUCUGCACUGGAUAGAAAGAAGCUUACUGUAUGCGGGAAUGAUCACGUGUGUGUGCCAUGAUCAUUUAGUUUCUUUAAAAUAUUUCAGAAUAUCUUAACCAUGGACCUCCUUUAAGUGGUUAUAUUAUUGUUAGUCUUUUUUUUUGUGCCACAUGCAGGUUUAGAAUGUGAACAAGUGUACUUAAUGUUCAAUAAUUGUAUGUGAUUUUUUCAACUAUAAACAGUAGGUCUGCUACGUCUGCAUCUCGGACUGUAUUAAAACAUUAUUUUAUUAAGAUAGAUAAUACUGUAUAUCUCAACAUCUUGAAACAUUGAAAAGUGAGAAACUAGUUUUGAAAUGUUUUGUGCGAUUGAUUAUAUAUAUUUUUUAAUGAUUUCUGACAACUUCGUUAUAUGCAUAUUGUUUCUGUCUUCAGUUUGUAGUAUGAUCCUAGGCACCAAUACUGAAUAUAACAUUGUACUGUCUUUCAAAUGGCUUUUUUAAUAAUUCAUAAAGUUUGUAAUUUACACUAUAAAAUGUCAGACUUGAUUUGCCCAAACAAAAAAUUGAUCAACCCCUAUAAAAAUGUCCAUGAAUUAUAUUCACAGAAACAACGGUACAGAUUAUGAUGACACCUUAACAACGUCAAUGACUGACGGUUCUAUUUCGGUGGACAUAGGUUAUAGGCAGGUUAUAGGCAUGCCGAGUCCCAGGCAGUUCCAGUCCCCAUACAGCUCAGCUUUAAUGUUUUAAAUCCUCUCAGAACCAUCGCCUUGCCCUUUCACUCAUAGUUUAAUAAGGUCACACCUUUUAUAUAAACUGUACAUGACACCUCAUUAAGUAACGACAAGAUCUAGUCAGUUUCAGUCAGGCUGCUAGCUAGAGGGAGGAUGAGGGUUGAUUUCCCUUCCAGCUAGAAAUUUGUCUUAUUUUCAUAUGAUUCAAGAGCAGGACUGCAGCUCAAAUGACACCCUAUUCCCUAUUAUGUGACCAACCGAUCGAUUCAGUCUUAUGUAGCAAAAUUUGAAAUUGUGUUUUUUUACAUUGGAUAAAAGUAAAGACUCCAAGCUAGAAAAUGGUAGUUGAGGAACAAUGGGAAAGUAAUUAUUCUUUGAAAGUUGUAACCUCACUUUUGAGAAAAUGCCUCUUGAAUAUUUGGGUACUUAUUGGAGAGCUCUUCUUUGUCUACAACCAUUCAACAUCAUUCACACCCUCUUAAGCUUUAGCCACACCCAUCUCUUUAAGGAUUCACAUGUGAAGCGGUGUAUUAAACAACCAAAGAUGUCAAGACUAAAGGCUGAUUUAUACUAUGGGUGUGUCGUAAAUUUA